AUGGAAGGCUGUAACAACCAUUGUAGUGACCAUGUUAGCAGGUGUAGUAACACUGCUCGGUUUUAUAGCCGUAUAUGGAAAGAUUACUUAUGAAGGGCAUUUAGUGCUGCGGAUAAUACCACAAUCAGAGAAUGAAGUUGAAUCUGUCUUGCAAGCACAGAGAAUAGCUGAGGAGAAAGGCUAUGACAUAUGGCAUCACUCAAUCGGAGUAGGAACGCCACUGGAUAUCCGUUUGUCUCCAGAGGAGUACCAGGAAGCACAUCAAGGAUUUUCUGACCUUGACCUUAACCAUGAGAUCAUCAUCAAUGACGUUGAGGCGGCGGGGUCUUCGUCGUCGUGCGGGGAAUGGUUUGAUUAUGGUUGCUAUCACCGUCUGGAAGAAAUAAAUACAUGGAUGGCAGAAACAGCACACACCUACUCCAGUAUGGCAGAGGUUAUCACAGUGUCAUCAAGUUACGAGGGCAGAGACAUCAAAGGACUUAAGAUCAGCGGACCAGGGAGUGGCUCCUCCAAUCCAGCAAUAUGGCUCCAGGGAGGGAUCCACGCCAGAGAGUGGAUCUCACCCGCCACGCUCAUCUACAUGGCUAACGCACUGCUGAGAGACUACACCGACGGAAGGAGAAAUGUUGUGAGGAUCGUCGACGGGUUUGAUUGGUACAUAGUACCCGUCCUUAAUGCAGACGGUUACGAGUACACGUGGUCCGAUGAUCGGAUGUGGAGGAAGACUCGGAGCAUCCAUCCAACAAGUGACUGUGUCGGAGUGGACCCCAACCGGAACUGGGACCACCAGUGGGGAGAAUCAGAAGGCUCCAGCGGGGCGGCCUGUUCAGAGACGUACCGGGGACCCAAGGCUUGUUCCGAACCAUGUAUCCACGGAGCUACCGAGUAUCUGUUGAAUCUCAGUAAGAACGUGACAGUCAGGGGCUUCAUUGACAUGCACAGCUAUUCCCAGAUGUGGAUGACUCCGUGGGGAUACACCAAAGAUGUUCCUGAAACUGACUUCGAUAUUCAGGAUGCCUCAUCUGUUGCUGCUGUAGAUGCCAUUAGCAACGCUGGCGGUCCUAUAUACGAUCACGGCACAAUAGCAAACACCAUAUAUAUCUCCAAUGGGAACAGCGUGGACUGGGCCUAUGGAAAGCUUGGGGUUUUAUACUCGGCUGCUGUUGAGCUUCCAGAUAAGGGACAAUAUGGGUUCUUAUUGCCACAAGACCAGAUAAUACGAGUUGGAACCGAAACAUUCCAGGGUCUUGUGGCCUGGGCAACCUAUGUUCUCGAACACUGAUGGCAAUAAAUACUGUAUACAGUAAUAUUGAGGUAUUUGCUA